AUGAGUCGACAACUGCCGUACCCCGGCAUUCCUAUUCCUCGCUUAACCACCCGCCGCUUAACACUUCUGCUCGCUGCCGUAUCCCUUUCCGCGUUUUGCCUCAUUACUCUUCUCACAUCCGCUGUUCCGUCCUCCCCGAGCCUCUCCACCUCCGAGCGGAAGACGACCAACACAGACGCUCGAGACUACAGUUCCGCCACCAAGAGCGCUCAGCUACCGGCCAGUCCUCCGUCGCAGCCGCCUCCCCGUCAAAGCGAUGAUACAUAUGCUACCUCGGCUUGGCUCGCUGACUCCAAUGCCCUGUCCAAAGUCUUUUCCAACGAAGUGACUCUCGAUAACGACAGAGCUCUCCUUCCUGACCUGGCGAUUCGCCAGCCGAUAUACUGCUAUUACGAUGCCCUCGAUACCACAGCUGCUGCUGAAAAUGAUACAGACAUCCACCUGUUGCUCAUGUGGCGACGCGCCUGGUGGGCGCGAGGUUUCAAGCCAUUAAUUCUCGGCCCGGAUGAGGCAAAGAGUCACCCCCUUUACUCCAAACUCGACGAAACAAACGCUCCUGUUGAGCUGAAGAAGGAUAUUUUGCGUUGGCUCGCGUGGGAUACAGUAGGUGGCGGUCUACUCUCUCAGUUCGUUCUCUUCCCAAUGGGUACCGACUACGACUUCUUGCCUUCGCUUCGCCGUGGCGAAUACAGUACGCUGUCGAGGGCAGGUAAUUUGUCGAGCGCGCUGUUCUGGGGCUCCAGAGAUCAUGUCCACGACGCGGUCCAGAUAGCACUAGACUCGGCGAACCUCGUCUCCGCGAGCUCGCUAUUAGACGUGCUGGGCGACGAUGCAGUCAAGGAGCAAGAGACUCCUCCUGUGCUGGCAUUCUACAACGCCACCUCAAUCGCCAAAAAGUAUCCCAAACUCGUGCUCGAAAAAAACAAGCACCAAUUCGGGACACUGCGCAACGAACUGAUCAAUGCUCAUCUGCAAUCCUCCUGGCAGAAUUCUUAUGCCAUGGGCAUCGAUGUCAUCAACCCUUUCCCAGAACAUAUGGGCGCCAUGGUUAAAAAUGCGACAGAUCUAGCCAAAGCUCUUGCAUCGUGUCCGCCAACACCUCUCGCCGGCUCAUGUCCUCCCAACAUUCCAAAAUGCGGCCCCUGCGGCGCUACGACACCAUUGGUUGUCAGGGAUGCCAAGACAUUUAUGAACGAGAGCAAGGUCUUCACCAUCGGCAUGGUCCCCCAUCCGUGGACACGCACCGCCCUAGCCAACAUGCAGGGGGACUUCAACGCCACUAUAAUCCGCGACUCCGAGCGCGACGGCUGGCUGCGUUCCGUAACCAAGGGUCUCGGCACCAGCCAAUCCCAAUACACGCAAGUCCUGCAGUUCAAAAAGGCCGUCUCGGGCGACACCGCCGACACCCGCUCGCUCUGGUUCACCGCCGAGGACCCAUUCCCCGCCCAGCUCGACUGGUACUUUGGCUUCGCGAUCCCGAAAAAAAUCAUCGACGACGGCCGCUCCGAGAGCCCCGUGCCCUCGGACCACAUCAACGACCCGGACCGGCCGGACCUCGCCUUCGGCCCUAAGGCCGUCACCGAGCUUGACCGUGAGAGGGAGCUCGCCAUCCUUCUCCGCGCCAGGGACGUCAUCGUCGGGGGCGCCCGCCGCGCCGCCUCCGAGACGCGCCGCCGCCGCGCGUCGCUCGAAGCCUGGCACAUGGCCGACACGGAGGCGUGGGGCUUCGCGCGCGCCACACACGACCGCCGCACGCUCGAGCGCAAGCGCUGGGAGGACGCGGCCAAGUACACGGAGAAGCAGCGGCUGGUCAGCGACGCCGGCUGGGCACCCGGCAUGAACGUGACGGGCGGGAACCGCCGCAAGGAGGCGGAGAGGAAGGCUAAGGCGCGAGACUAA